GAUGGGAGGAGACGGCCCGGACCUCUCCACCGGCGGCUCAGCCCACAGGUUCAGGCUGCGUCACCGACCACGAAAGCCCUCUCACAAGUCAGGUCAAAUGUAUGUGGUCUCUUCGCGACCUCCUGCGCCGUUUGGGUGAAGACAUCCAUACCUGGCGACAGGGCCCCCCUCCUGCUGGUGCUGUGUUUCAGGCCUGGGCCACUGCAACCAGGCUGCAGACUCAUACUCGAGCACUCCGCAAGGCAUGCCGGAGCCGCAAGAUUGUCGCCAUUGCGGAGGCGGUCAGCGCAACCAACAUACACCAAGCUGCCCGCCGGUUUGCUCCCAAGGCACCGCGACGCCGACUGCAACUUCGAAAAGCGGAUGGCAGCUUGCAGACGCAUGAGGAGGAGCUACAUCAAAUCAGUGAGUACUUUACCAAGCUCUACGAUGGGACCCCAGGGACUCACCGCCCGUGCCUCACACAGGACCUUCAGAUCUCCCAGCGCGAGCUACAGGGAGCCCUACUCAGGCUACAGCCCAGCAAGGCCAUGCCGUCUAACAGUGCACCGGCUGCGUUGUGGAAGCACUUCGGCCAGGAUGUGUUGCCCCUCAUGGAGAGGCUCUUCGCACAAUAUCUGGUUGCCGGUUGCCGCUUACAACCCUAUGUCGCCGCCUACCUGACCGACAUACCACAAUUUGCCUAUGUGGCCCAGCGCUCACUGUCUCAAGCCUUGGAGCGUGUCAUCAGCCACUGUGCAGCUGUGAGGACCCUGGUGCAGCAACAUGUGCAGACACCUCACACACGCCGUCAGGGACGACCCAACCUCAGUCUUUAUGGUGGCUGCCAACUGUCACUAGACAUCACAUGUGCAUACGAUCAUGUGCCCAGAUGGGCCUUGGAAGCGGCCGUGAGGGACGCCCACAUCCCCGAGACCUUGAUCCAGGCUGUGCUUCUCAUCCAUGACCAAGCCUUUGUCCGCAUUACGCACUGUGGGCAGGAGACUUCGUUCAAGUUGCGAAGAGGUCUGCGACAGGGGUGUGGCCUCGCGCCAAUCCUAUGGUCACUGUACUCCGGCUGGGUCCUCAAACAAAUGCACAGCCCACCGAUCCUAGAUGUCUCCACAGCAGCCACUACCUAUGCAGAUGACCAGCAUUACGCAUGGCUCAUACGCAAAGGACAGGACCUCGAGAACGCCUAUCAGGCUAUGAAGCACGUUUUUCGGUGCCUCCUCGACAAUGACAUGCAGAUCAGCGUGGAUAAAACAGUGAUUCUGCUUGAGCUUCAGGGACCACAGGCCACCAAAGCUCUCGCCAGGUACGUUGUACAGCGGCCCACGGGGCCCCACAUGAAGUUUGUGAUCCAAGGCGCCAGCAUGCUGAUCAAGCUGGUGACCCGGCAUGUCUAUCUAGGAGCCGUCAUCACCUACCGACGCUUCGAACAGGAGUCCUAUCGGCACCGUCUCAAACUGGCCAAGAACUCCUACACGAGGCUUGGGAAGAUUCUGCGCAACCACUCGGUCCCUAUGCGUUUACGCCUGCAGCUAUGGCAGGGGUGCAUAUGGCCAGCCAUCUUACACGGCCUGGACUGCACUGGCAUGCCACAGCCUGAGCUUCAAUCCCUCAACACUCAGCUGAUCAAACAAGCCAGAUCCAUUGCACGCUCCCACUCCAUGCUGACCAGGGAGACCAACGUGGACCUCGUGCGACGACUUGAGAGCUCACCGACCCAGUCCAGAGGCUCAGAGAUGCGAUUUGAGCAGCUACAGUGGCGUGCCCUGGUGAGAGGCCAACUAUUUGAAACAAGUGGUAGCCCCUGGGGGGCCUGCCCCUCCCUCACCAUCUCCUCCAAGCUGGUCUGUGUUGAGAAAGUCAUCCACGAGAUCUUUACUUGUGAAGAUUGUGGACAGCAAUUCGCCACCCCAGCGGCACUUAAGCGGCACCAAUUUUGCAUGCACAUGACUGCAGACCAGAAGGAGGCCAGAACCCAAGAGGUGCAGCAGGCUCGCAAGCACUCACCCAUGGAGCACUCGAAGGAUGGCAUGCCUCAGUGCCGUCACUGUGGAUAUGCGUUUACCACAUGGCAUGCCUUCUUCUACCAUGUUUCCUCGAGAAGUUGUGAGUUCCUACGGGCCAUCUACUCGAGUACCCAAGCGGCAGAGCUCACUCCGCUUCUAAGUGAGGCCCUGGUUGACUCUCCUGCACUGCUUGACCUGGCCAAGGACUGCACAUGGCAGGACUUGGCGCUACAUGCGCCG